CUCGACCAUUCUUGUCUGCUGGGCAAAGUAGAAGAGGGGCUGUGCACUUUCAGAAACUUCUUGAAAUAUCUACAAUGGAUAUCUCCUGAAAGUACUCCGUUACUCCCCCACAUCAUUUUAAAUACCCGUCAUAUCCUUUCAUGCAUCAAGCCGCGAUCAGAAUUCAGAACUAUAAUCUCAUUGAUUGAUCUUCCACUGUUUUUCAGCUUUCGAUCCAAUGUCGCUCAUCCCAAGCUUCUUUGGUGGCCGACGAAGCAGCGCCUUCGAUCCUUUCUCUCUUGAUGUGUGGGAUCCAUUCAGAGAUUUUCCGUUCCCCACUUCUCUCUCUACUUCGUCCUCGGAAAAUUCUGCGUUCAUGAACGCUAGGGUCGACUGGAAGGAGGCGCCGGAAGCCCACGUGUUCAAAGCGGAUCUUCCAGGGCUGAAGAAGGAGGACGUGAAGGUGGAGGUUGAGGACGACAGGGUGCUUCAGAUAAGCGGAGAGAGGAAGGUGGAGAAAGAAGACAAGAACGAGAAAUGGCACCGCGUGGAGCGUAGCAGUGGGAAGUUCAUGAGGAGAUUCAGGUUGCCGGAGAAUGCAAAGAUGGAUCAGGUGAAGGCUUCCAUGGAAAAUGGGGUUCUCACUGUGACUGUUCCAAAGGAAGAGGUUAAGAAACCAGAGGUUAAGGCCAUCGAGAUCUCUGGUUGAGAAGAAUGAAUUACAAGAUCUCUGCUUUCUGCUGGGCUGGUAUUUCACAAGGUUCGUUCGUCAAAUAUGAUGUUGUGUGUAACAUAAAGCG